CUCUUCCCGAGUUAUUUUCUUUGCAAACUCCCACAUACCCUGGAUCCGGGGGGAUCUUGCUUCCUCAUCUUUCAUAACCCUGUGUGACCCAGAACGUGGUGAGUCUCCUUUCUUUCCUUCAUCCAUCAAUUUAUCAUGACCCGAUCUCGUGUCAAUCGUCCCAAACGUUCGACUCAAAAGGGGGCUGCUGUUAAGACUCUUGCUGUCUUAGUUGAAGAUUCCGGCGAACCUCUCGACAUGCCGUGUAGCAAUUAUUUCCUACACAGGACAACGUUCGAGCUGCAAAAAUGCCAUGUGGUCUAUAACCUAAGUAAUCAUUACCAUACCAUACCCUCAAAACCAUACCACGUAUGUAGCUCAAGUCUAGAAAAACCAAACCAACCACUACACCAAUCCAUGCAUGCAUGCAAAUAAUAAAGCAACCGCGUGACAAAAGCUAAAUGUUUUGUUUUUGUAAUGUACAGAUAGGAUGGAUGAUUGGCGUUUGCUGAUAUUUUCGCUC